GAAACUCGAUCAGUUAUGAGUUUCCGACGUGAGUACGUGGCGACUCCGCAAGUUGCAAGGUGGCGAGCUGAGUGCGACGUGCUGAGUCCGCGUAGGCUCAGCCUCGUCAGCCGAAGUUCUCCCGCUUCCAGCGCUUCGUGGAUCUUCGCUGCGCUACUUCCCCUCCGCUUCAUCUCCACUCUCUGUCCUCCUCGAGUCUUGCAAUCAGCAUUCGAUUUCCGACAAUUUGUACUCAGCUUCCGCAGUGCCGUGCGCUCUGAUCCUCUGCCUUUUCUUAAAGCUUCCUCUCUCCUUUUUGGUCGGGCUUCGAUCUUUCCAUUUACAGUGUCCUCGUCUCGGCGGAUAAAUCGCUAGAGGCGGUCGAGGAAUUUUAUACACCCUGAUUUGAUCUCGAGCUCGCCGUUUGACUGUCGGAGCUCUUAGCUUUCUCUUGUCUGUUUCUGAUCGAGCUAGACGCUUGGAGGGUUUUAGGCGGUUGUUGAGAACGAGCUGCGGCGUCGAAUUGUGAAGAGAAGAAGAACAAUGCAGGAAGAUGUAGGGAGCGUGGAUCAGGCAGUGAACCUGCUGAAAUCGUCCACCAUAAGUCAGAUUAUGAAGAACAAGAGGCGUUUGAUUGAAGUUCCUUUCAACGCCAGCGUGAGGGACACGCUCAAUACGAUGCAGGCUCAUGACAUUUUGGCCGUGGCGGUGGCUGCACCUCCUGGUCAGUGGAUUGGGGCGGGAGGAUCACAGAUCCUCGAGGCAGACAAGGCAACGGGGACAGUGCGCAAGCACUACAUUGGUCUCGUUAGCGUUUUGGACAUACUCGUUCACGUCGUUGAAGACGACGCUCAGCUGAAUGCCCCCGUCUCGAGCAUCAUAGGCCACUCCCUGGAGGGCCUCAACUUGUGGACGAUCAGCCCCACCACCUCAAUUUAUGAUUCGAUUGAGCCAAUGAGCAAAGGAGUUCAUCGUGUUCUGGUUCCUUUCGAAAGCCAGUCGGAUACACACGGGGUGGAGUUGACGGAAUCCUCCUCAGGUUACCAUAUGUUGACACAGACCGAUGUUAUCCAAUUCAUUCACGAUCAUGCUGACGCGAUGAACAGCGUGCUGAAGCAGACUGUCUCUGACAUUGGGGCCGUUCGCCAGAGUGUGUUCGCCGUUCCUCAUACGAUGGCCGUGAUGACUGCCUUGAAGUGCAUGGCAAACACCGCCCUGCCUGCAGUUGCCAUUGUAGAGGCUGUACCAGACAUUGACAAGGAGCCGAUGUUCAUCAAUGGCCAAGGCAGGAAGCUUUUGGGAACAUUCUCCGCCAGUGACCUGCGAGGAUGCAGCGCUGAAGCCUUGGGGACGUGGUCAUCCAUCACUGUCAUGGAUUGGGCCCGCAAGGUCUGGACUUCGCAGAAUUUUGGAGCCGGGGCAGCAGCUGGUCCUGAGUCCGCGAGCUGCCGACCACCUGUAACUUGUAAAUUCACCACGACCUUGGGAGAGGUCAUCACGAAAGCCGUGGAGCACCGGAUUCAUCGUCUUUGGGUCACAGACGAGGACGGUUCAUUACGAGGACUCGUGGCUCUAUCGGACAUUCUGUCAGCUCUCCGGAAGCUCUGAUUUUCUCAGUUUUUCUCUGCUCUAGAGAUUUAGGACAUUGGGAGUCAACCAACUUGUGCAUAUGGAAAUGUAGAUGUUCACGGGCAGUGUAAUAUGAUCCUUCUGACGAGCUUGCUCACAGCAUUUUCCGGACAGCUGAACCUGUGGCGAAGGUGAAUUUCGCCCCAGCUCCGCGGACUCGUGAGACGAUGAUUACGCCACCCUGUUUUCCAGUGAUGCGUCAUAAGUUUAGGGUGAUACCAAAAACACAUUGUACACAAUAAGGAUGGUAAAGACAAUUCAGGA